GGGGCGCGAGGGGCGAACGGCUUGGGUAAUGGCAGCGCUGUGAGGACGAGGAGCGGGGCAGGACCGCGGCCGCGCGACAGGGAGCGAGGGAGCCGGCGGCGGCGCGGAUCGGGCCCCGUGCCGCCAGGUAACCCCCGCGGCCGCCCCUCGGCCGGGAGCGUCGCCGCGCUGAGCGCAGGGAGCCCGCGCUCGGCUGGGAGGCGGCGGUCCCCGGCCCCGCGCUGCGUGUGGGGGCGCCGCGGCCCUGCCCGGGCGGGUGCUGCCCGCGGGCCCCGCGCCACGCCCCACGGGGCCGCCGCUCCCCGCAGCCGUCGCCCCGGCGGGGCCGGGGCCGCUCGCGCCCGAGAGAUCCCGAUACGGGCUCUGUCCCGCGGGAGAGUGCGGCGGGGCGCGGGCCGGGUGGCCGUCACGGGCCGCUUUCGUUUUGGUUCAGGCUCUGGGAGUGGCGCGGGGGCGUCCCGCCCGGUCCUUUCCUCGCCCCACUCCUCCCCGGGCGCAGCGUCCGAACGAGGAAUGCGGCGGCGGCUGAAAACGCGCGUGUGCUCGUGUCAACAAACGCGACCGGCGUGACAGCGGGGCGCUUUGACGAGACGGACGAAGGGGGCACCGUCCAUUCGUUGUCCCAAUGCCUUAAUAGGUUUCCGUGGCAGCUGCACACCUUAGGGCUUGUCGGACGGAUUAACACUAAAACCCCACAAUGUCCUUGAAACCACGAGUAGUUGACUUCGAUGAAACAUGGAACAAACUUCUAACAACAAUUAAAGCUGUUGUUAUGUUGGAUUAUGUUGAAAGAGCGACGUGGAAUGACCGCUUCUCAGACAUUUAUGCUUUGUGUGUGGCCUAUCCUGAACCUCUCGGAGAGAGACUUUAUACUGAGACAAAAAUUUUCUUGGAAAAUCAUGUACGCCAUUUGCACAAGAGAGUUUUGGAAUCUGAAGAACAAGUACUGGUUAUGUAUCACAGAUACUGGGAAGAAUACAGCAAAGGAGCAGACUAUAUGGACUGUUUAUACAGGUAUCUCAACACACAGUUCAUUAAGAAGAACAAAUUGACUGAAGCUGAUCUUCAGUAUGGUUAUGGUGGCGUGGAUAUGAAUGAACCAUUGAUGGAAAUAGGAGAGCUAGCUCUUGAUAUGUGGAGAAAAUUAAUGAUUGAGCCACUACAGGCCAUCCUUAUUCGAAUGCUCCUCCGAGAAAUCAAAAACCCAAGCACUCCUUCUUCAAGUCAAGCUGAAUAUCAACUUAAGCAUUUUUGUUUCAACACAACAGGAAGCCGACAAGAUCUUGAAUUUGAUCGCUGUGGAGAAGACCCAAACCAGAAAGUAAUCCAUGGGGUUAUUAACUCCUUUGUUCAUGUUGAACAGUAUAAGAAAAAAUUGCCCCUAAAGUUUUAUCAGGAAAUUUUUGAGUGUCCUUUUCUGAAUGAAACAGGGGAGUAUUAUAAACAAGAAGCUUCAAAUUUAUUACAAGAGUCAAAUUGCUCACAGUACAUGGAGAAGGUUUUAGGUAGAUUAAAAGAUGAAGAAAUGCGGUGUCGGAAAUACUUGCAUCCCAGCUCAUAUGGUAAAGUGAUUCACGAAUGCCAGCAGAGAAUGGUAGCUGAUCACUUGCAGUUUCUACAUGCAGAAUGUCACAAUAUUAUCAGACAAGAGAAGAGAAAUGACAUGGCAAAUAUGUAUACUCUACUUCGUGCUGUGUCAAGUGGUUUACCUCAUAUGAUUCAGGAACUACAAAACCAUAUCCAUGAUGAGGGCCUUAGAGCAACCAGCAAUCUUUCUCAGGAAAAUAUGCCAACUCAGUUUGUGGAGUCGGUUUUGGAAGUACAUAGUAAAUUUGUUCAGCUCAUCAACACAGUUUUGAAUGGUGAUCAACACUUUAUGAGCGCCCUUGACAAGGCUCUGACAUCAGUUGUUAACUACAGGGAGCCCAAGUCAAUCUGCAAAGCACCUGAGUUGCUGGCCAAGUACUGUGACAACUUAUUGAAGAAGUCAGCGAAAGGAAUGACAGAGAAUGAAGUAGAAGACAAACUUACAAGUUUCAUUACUGUUUUCAAGUACAUUGAUGACAAAGAUGUAUUCCAAAAGUUCUAUGCCAGAAUGUUGGCAAAAAGAUUAAUUCAUGGUUUAUCUAUGUCAAUGGACUCUGAAGAAGCCAUGAUUAAUAAACUAAAGCAAGCCUGUGGUUAUGAAUUUACCAGCAAGCUUCAUCGAAUGUAUACAGACAUGAGUGUUAGUGCUGAUCUCAACAAUAAAUUCAACAACUUUAUCAAAAACCAGGACACAAUUAUAGAUUUGGGGAUUAGCUUUCAGAUAUAUGUUCUACAGGCAGGUGCAUGGCCUCUAACUCAGGCUCCUUCUUCUACAUUUGCAAUUCCUCAGGAACUGGAAAAAAGUGUACAGAUGUUUGAAUUAUUCUACAGUCAGCAUUUUAGUGGAAGGAAGCUUACUUGGUUACAUUAUCUUUGUACAGGUGAAGUAAAAAUGAAUUAUUUGUGCAAACCUUAUGUAGCCAUGGUCACAACAUACCAAAUGGCAGUGUUGCUUGCCUUCAACAACAGUGAAACUGUCAGUUAUAAGGAGCUUCAAGACAGUACACAAAUGAAUGAAAAGGAACUGACAAAAACCAUCAAAUCCUUACUCGACGUUAAAAUGAUCAACCAUGACUCAGACAAGGAGGAUGUAGAGGCGGAGUCUACAUUUUCAUUAAAUAUGAACUUCAGCAGUAAACGAACAAAAUUUAAAAUUACAACAUCGAUGCAGAAAGACACACCACAGGAGAUGGAGCAGACCAGAAGUGCUGUAGAUGAAGAUAGAAAAAUGUAUCUUCAAGCUGCUAUAGUCCGUAUCAUGAAAGCACGGAAAGUGUUGCGGCAUAAUGCUCUUAUUCAGGAGGUAAUUAGCCAAUCAAGAGCUAGGUUUAACCCUAGUAUCAGCAUGAUUAAGAAGUGUAUUGAAGUUCUGAUAGACAAACAGUACAUAGAGCGAAGCCAGGCCUCUGCAGAUGAAUACAGUUAUGUAGCAUGAUGUUGCUAUCCUGCAGGUAUGAUUGUAAGGAGAUCAUUGCUGUCACUGUUUGGUGUGUUCCUGUGGGAAGAGGCAGGCCUGUGCCUCCAUAAUUGGUCACUUGGCAGCCCCCGUUUUUCUGCUGUUUACAACAUCACCAGUGCCAUGUCAUGAGCGUCAAUGAAAAUGCCUAUAGAUAUUUCAAGCUCAUGUCAUUAUGACAUUUCUUAAAACUUUACUAAAAGAAUGAGUGAAGUAUUGCUGAGAUGUGGAAAUUUGGUUGGGUACCAUGCUUUUUUUUUUUUCCUCCCCUUUCACGUUUGCAGUUGAUGUUUUUUAAUGUAUCUUAAGACAAAGUUAAAAAAAAAAAAAAAAAGAAAACCUAAAUAUUGUAAUAUGACAGAUAACCUAAUAAUUGUAUCUACAUUAAAGAGAAAAAAAAAAAGAUGAACAUGAUACUGCUGCUUGUCAAAUAAAAAAAAAAAUAAAGUUA